AUGGUCAACAUCAAAUGUAAUGACUUGAAACUCCAAAGCCACCGUUUUGAAGAAUCAAAAACACCAGUUAAAGAAUGCGUAGUAGAUCAAGACGAGUCUGAUAGUGAUGAAGAAGAAUGUGAGGGCGAAAAUUUGUUGGUUCAGAGCGAGAUUGCUACGAGGAAAGUGAUAUCCGGCAACCUACCAAAAUUUAACGGGGAUCCGGAAACAUUGCCGCUUUUUAUAAGCUGCUUCGAGAAUACAACCGAGGCUUGCGGUUAUUCAAAUAUUGAAAACCUUGAACGUUUGAUGAACAGUUUGGGAGGAGAAGCACUGAAUGCUGUGAGAAGCAUGUUGAUACUUCCGGGUUCUGUGCCGGAAGUUAUUCGAGAUUUGCGCAGGUUAUUUGACCAGCCAGAUAAAUUGUUGGGAAUGUUGCUGAAGAAGGUAAAGAACGCCUCACCGCCGACGACAGAUAAUCUGCAAUCAUUUGUGAGGUUCGGCAUAACUGUUAAGCAACUCUGUGAUCAUUUAGAGGCAACCCGCCUUCGUGAUCAUCUUCGCAACCCGCUUUUGGUGCAGCAACUUGUUGAAAAACUGCCACCAGACUAUCAGAUGAAGUGGGUAGAGUUCAAACGUGGUAAGAAAGGAACACCACUACGAUUGUUCACUGAUUACAUAACAGGGAUCGGUGACGUCGCCUCCGAAGCAGUGGCCUACUCGUCACUGGACAACGAUUACGCGCGAUACUCGAAGAAUAAAUCUGCAAAGAAGAACGAGUUUAUACACCUACACGACUUGGCGACGGACAGUGAUGAGGGAAUGCAGCAGGAAAAGGCAAACAAACCAUGCUGGAUCUGUCAGCGAACUGAUCACCGGAUUAGAUACUGCGACGACAUCGUAGAACGGUUGAGAGCUGUAGAGAGACUAAGGUUAUGUAGCCUCUGUCUAAAUAAACAUGGCGACAAACCUUGCGGUUCCAAUAUACGGUGUACGGUAAAGAACUGCAGAGCGAAUCAUCACACACUUUUACAUCGCGUGGAAGAAUCCGUGCAGCUACAGAAAGUAGAAUGCAACGCACACAGAGGGGCAGAUCGGUCGGUUAUAUUUCGCAUGGCACCGGUGACGUUGCACUUUGGUAGCAAACGAUACGAUACUCUGGCAUUUUUAGAUGAAGGUUCGUCUACCACGUUGGUCGAUGAAGAUGUUGCAUGUCGAUUAAAGGCGGAAGGGGAACCUGAGCCGCUCAUUGUUACGUGGACGGGAAACAUUAAUCGUUUCGAAAAUAAUUCCCGUAAAGUCGAGUUAAUGCUGUCGGUAAAAGGAUCAAAGGAAAAGAUUCCACUAGAGAAUGUUCGCACUGUAUCAGAGCUUUUGCUUCCAAAACAAGACACACAUUUUUCAGAUGUUGUGAAGCGGUAUCCACACUUAGCUGAACUCCCUGUGAAUGAUUUUCCAACAGGGCAAGCUGCGAUAUUGAUCGGUUUAGAUAAUCUACAUCUCUUUGCACCACUGGAGUCACGGGUUGGCAAACAAAACGAGCCCAUUGCUGUGCGGUCUAGAAUAGGUUGGACGGUAUAUGGUCCAGAGAAGCGGAAGCCGAGCGUCAGUACUUUCCUAAAUUUGCAUACAGUCACAGCAGUGAGUAAUCAAGAGUUGCACGAUUUAAUGCGCAACCAAUAUAUGUUAGAGGAGCCUAAUUUUUCGUCGUUCCCUAUUCCUGAACCGAAGGAAGAACAGCGUGCGAAAACGAUUCUGCAAGCUACGACUAAGCGGAUAGGAGAGCAUUUUGAAACGGGGCUGCUAUGGCGAGAGGAUGAGCGGCGCUUUCCCGACAGCUACCCGAUGGCCCUGCGGAGAAUGAAGGCUCUUGAACGAAAGCUGGAGAGAGAUCCAUCGUUGAAGCGAAAUGUUUACCAGCAGAUCAAUGAUUAUCAAAUGAAGGGCUACGCCCACAAAAUUACCGACGCAGAACAAGCGCAGACACCGGGCUCGUCGGUCUGGUAUCUUCCAGUGAACGUGGUUUUGAAUCAACGUAAACCACAAAAGGUGCGUCUGGUAUGGGACGCUGCGGCGUCGGUCAAAGAAGUGUCUUUGAACACUGUUGAACUGUUGAAGGGGCCGGAUAUGCUGGUACCACUCCCGAAGGUUAUUUGCCAGUUCAGAGAACGCCCCAUUGCAUUUGGCGGAGACAUCCAGGAAAUGUAUCAUCAAAUCCGAAUUCGUGUGGAAGAUAAGCAAGCGCAACGGUUCUUAUUUAGAUUUGACCCAAGAGAAGUACCUCAGGUGUACGUGAUGGAUGUGGCCACCUUUGGCUCCACGUGUUCGCCCUGUUCCGCGCAAUUUGUCAAAAACCUCAAUGCGGAACAAUUUGCGGAGAAGUACCCAGAUGCAGUGACAGCAAUUCGUGAGAAACACUACGUGGACGAUUAUUACGACAGCGUAGACUCGGUAGAGGAAGCGAUCCAGCGGGCCAAGGAAGUGAAGUAUGUGCAUUCAAAAGGUGGUUUUCACAUCAGAAAUUGGGUGUCAAAUUCGAAGGAAUUGUUAUCGGAGCUAGGUGAACGUAAUUCGGAUGCUGCAGUCCAUUUUAAUCGGGAUAAAGGUACAGAGUAUGAGCGUGUGUUAGGCAUUGUUUGGGAGUCUGUAGAAGAUAGCUUCUGUUUCGCCACCGCGUCGAAUACAAUGUACAAGGAGUUUCUUGAUAGCGAAAAAUGUCCAACGAAACGAAUUGUACUAAGCUUCGUAAUGGCCCAAUUUGAUCCAACGGGGUUCCUUACCCCCGUCACCGUACGGCGAAAGAUGCUAAUACAAGAUCUCUGGCGCACUGGCUGUGAUUGGGAUACGAAGAUCGAUGCGGAGUCGCUCGAGAAAUGGAGAUGUCUGAUAAAUAUAAUGCAGAAUAUCGGAUUCUUCAAACUACCAAGAAGUUAUUUCGGCGGGGCCAAAUCGAGCGAGAUAGAGGGUCUUGAGUUACAUAUACUCAAGUGA